GCAACCACCCGCUAGUCUCCUCUGAGGUGUUUUGUGAGAGAGUAUAGCUCGUUUGAGCAUUGAGAGGAAGCCGAUAUCCCUGCUGGCUUUUUGUCCAACAUAAAACAACAAAUAAAAGUACUUUUGAUUGUACUUGAAUUGCCUCCAAUUCUUCCCCGAUGGGGUAGAUGCUUCUUAAUCGGCAGUUGAUCUCGUAUCCUGCCUCCACUGCAGCAAAUGUGCUAUAUAGCAGCCUGCUGCGAGACUAGUUUGAUACCGUUGUACUUGUACUGUCACUUUGUUUACUUUUGUUUGAAGUGAUUCGAAAGAUGCGUUGAAAGCAUUUGAAUUUCAUUAUUUCACCCCAACGAUAAUGGAAAAAGUUUCACGUGGGUUGAGCCUUCAUCACAACCGUGAACAUCGAGACUUUAUCAGUCUAGGUCAUGAAAUAACAUCAUGUCUUCCAUUGCAAAUGAGCCUUUACUUCAAUGUGAUAUUUUUCCCUUUUUGGAUCGCUACGACUCUUACAAUGCUGAGUUUUAAGUAUGAAUACCUUUCAACCAUCUACAAAUUUAUCUUAAUAUUAAUUUUAGUGUGCUUGAUCAUUAUCGAGUGUGUUCGUCUUUACUUGGGGUAUCUGGGAAACCUGUCUGAAAAGGUUCCAGAAUUGGCAGGCUUCUGGGUUCUAUCCAUUGUUCUGCAGUUGCCUCUUCACUUAUUGCUACUGUUCAGUCCUCCCUUAUGGCCUUUGCCAGCAGAAACUGCAGUAGAAAUCGUUAUGUUGGUGCUCCUUCUAACACAGCUAGGAAGUGGCUUUUUCGCAUUGCGAAAAUCUGCUCUACAUCAAGCUCGGAGGUAUCACCUGGCACAGAUUCAAAAUAAAUCCACCCUAGAAGAUACUUCAAUGAAAUGAGGAGCUAAGGGUAUGACUUACAAUAAAUUUAAAUUAAGGCAA